AUGGUCAAGUCCGCAUACCUCGCCGGCCUCCUAGCCGCCUGCACCCCGGCCGCGGCCCAGCUGCACAACCUCGCCGUCUCCGCCGGCCUCAAGUACUUCGGUUCCUGCCUCGACAAUGGCCACCGCAGCGACGCGGGCUACAUGAACAUCAUCAACAACAAGGCAGAAGUUGGCCAGCUCGUCCCAGAGAAUGGCCAGAAGUGGGCCUACGUCGAGCCUAGUCGAGGAACCUUUACCUACACCGAUGCCGAUGUUGUUCCCAACAUUGCUGCUGCCAACGGCCAGGUCUUGAGGUGCCACACUCUGACCUGGCACAGUCAGCUCCCCAGCUGGGUUGAGAACGGCUCUUGGACCAAGGCUCAGCUUCAGUCCGUCAUCGAGACCCACAUUGCCAACGUGAUGGGCCACUACAAGGGCAAGUGUUACGCCUGGGACGUCGUCAACGAAGCCGCCGACGACAACGGCAACUGGCGCGACAGCGUCUUCUACCGCGUCAUGGGCACGGACUUCCUGCCCAUCUCCUUCAACGCUGCCAAGAAGGCUGACGCCAACACCAAGCUGUACUACAAUGACUACAACCUCGAGUACAACGGCGCCAAGACCAACCGCGUCUACGAAGCCGUCACCAUCGUCCAAAACGCCGGCGCCCCCAUCGACGGCGUCGGUUUCCAAGGCCAUCUCAUCGUCGGCAGCACGCCCUCCCGCGCCAACCUCGCCACUGUCCUCCGUCGCUUCACGGCCCUCGGCCUCGAGGUCGCCUACACCGAGCUCGACAUCCGCCACUCCAGCCUUCCGGCCUCUUCUUCCGCCCUCACUACCCAGGCUAACGACUACGCUAACGUCGUGGGCUCUUGCCUUGACGUCGCCGGCUGCGUUGGUGUCACUGUCUGGGGUAUGUCGGACAAGUACUCGUGGAUUCCUCAGACUUUCUCCGGCCAAGGUGACGCGCUCCUCUAUGAUAGCAACUUAAACAAGAAGGCUGCCUGGACUUCCGUCUCCAGCGUCCUCGCUGCUGCUGCUACUGGCAACCCCAAUCCCGGCACCACCCUCACUACCUCUACCCGAACCACGACUACUGCUCCUCCUGCUACUACUACCACUGCCGCUCCCGGUGGUGGCGCGGCACACUGGGGACAAUGCGGCGGUAUUGGCUGGACUGGCCCUACUACUUGCCAGUCUCCUUGGACCUGCACUAAGCUGAAUGACUGGUACUACCAGUGCUUGAUCGAGAUGCCGGUGUAUACCGUGCCCCACACCGAUCGCCAGCCGGCUUUCAAUGCCGCUUUGAAUCAUUCUCGGGGCUCCUCCACCAACUCCAAGGGCGAUCUAAACAAACUUGACCUUCAUCCCAAGGAAAUGAAGAAGUGUCUCGGGAAGCACAUUAAAGGCCGGGACCUCAAGCCCGCUACUGACAGGUUAGUGGCUUUGGGGGAGAAAGGCAAGACAAGUUUGGAGGCGGAGAAACCCUCUGGCAGCGGUCAGAAGGACGAGGCAUCAGGCACCUGGUCGUCCCCAGAUAUGGAAUCGGGGAGCGAUAACCGCCAGCCCCGGGGCUCGUUGGCUUUGGCCGAGUUUAUUAAGCCCGACUCCUCGGCAACAAAAUGCUGA